GACACAUGUAAUUCUUGACAUCUGUAUUAUCUUAUUGAUUUGCGCCGAAAAAAAAAACCAACCUUUUAGUUACAUGAUCACAAUUCACCAUCCCUUAAAUAAUUGCAUACUCCCCACAUAAUUUACUGAUGCCUUAUACUUGAUGGACAUGAUAAUGAUAGAAAGUCAUCAUACCGCUCUAGAAAAAAUUAAACGGCCCACACAAUCAAGCUAACUCUUAUCUUUCUUAAAAAAUGCAACACUUGUACACCACAUACAUAGUAUAAUUCCUAAUUUCAUAUAUACAAAACAUUUACAUCUUGUGAUUUUGUGUAAAGUUUCAUUGUGCUAUGGAAGAAGUAAUCCGUUGUCCAGCCAACUACGUGCCUCUUUCGCCGAUCAGCUUCCUCCGGCGAUCCUCCGUUGUUUAUAGAGACCGCCCUUCAAUUGUUUACGGAGAUGUGCAGUACACUUGGGGGGAGACUCUACAAAGGUGCACCAAGCUUGCUUCUGCUCUAUCUCAGCUAGGCAUCUCUCGUGGCAAUGUGGUUGCAGCAUUGCUUCCUAAUGUUCCUGCAAUAUAUGAGUUACACUUUGGGGUUCCAAUGUCCAGUGGAAUUUUGUGUACCCUGAACGUACGUCAUGACGCUGCAAUGGUAUCAGUCUUACUUAAACAUUCAGGGGCAAAACUCAUUUUUGUAGAUGAGCAAUUCUUUGAAAUAGCCAGCAAUGCUAUUCAGAUUCUGUCCAAGAAUACAGCAGCUAAAAACCUUCCACAGAUUGUCUUAGUUCUCGAUAAACAAGCAGUUGGAGCUGUAAAUCAAACACAUCUUUCUAGGAAUAAGCUGGAGUAUGAGAGUUUUCUUAUGUCAGGUAAACUUGAUUUUGAAGUUUACAGUCCGAAAGAUGAAUUAGAACCAAUUUCAUUGAACUACACCUCUGGAACAACCUCGAGGCCUAAAGGUGUCGUGUAUAGUCAUCGAGGUGCAUACUUAAACUCGUUGGCUGCUGUCUUGUUGAAUGAGAUGCACUCACUGCCAGUCUACCUAUGGACCGUCCCUAUGUUUCAUUGCAACGGGUGGUGCCUUACGUGGGGUGUCGCAGCACAAGGUGGCACGAAUGUAUGCCUGAGGAAUGUGACUGCAAAGGGCAUAUUCAGUAAUAUUGCAGAACACAAAGUAACUCACAUGGGAGGUGCACCUACAGUACUUACCAUGAUCAUAAACUGUCCUGCUAAUGAUAAGAAGCCUCUUCCUGGCAAAGUCGCGGUGAUGACAGGUGCUGCUCCACCUCCUCCGGAAGUGCUCUUCAAAAUGGAAGAUCUCGGGUUUUCUGUGACACAUUCGUAUGGGUUGACAGAGACCUAUGGUCCAGGUACAGUUUGUGUAUGGAAGCCAGAGUGGGAUGCUUUGCCUCCUAAUGAGAGAGCGAAACUCAAGUCCCGGCAAGGUGUGCAUCACAUUGGCCUAGAGGGCGUUGAUGUGAAAGACCCAAAAACCAUGAAGAGCGUGCCUGCUGAUGGAAAGACAAUCGGCGAGGUUAUGCUGAGAGGAAACACUGUCAUGACAGGGUACUUAAAUGAUGUUCAGGAAACUCAGGAGUCUUUUAAAGGAGGAUGGUUUCAUAGUGGGGACUUAGGAGUGAUGCAUUCAGAUGGUUAUAUUCAGCUAAAAGACCGUUCUAAGGAUAUUAUAAUUUCAGGAGGCGAAAAUAUAAGCACAAUUGAGGUAGAAUCAGUAAUAUUCAGUCAUCCUGCUGUUCUAGACGCGGCUGUUGUUGGCCGUCCUGAUGAUCACUGGGGCGAGACCCCCUGCGCAUUUGUGCAGUUGAAGGAUGGACAUGAUCAGGUUUCUGCUGCAGAAAUAAUUGGGUUCUGCAGAGAUUCACUGCCUCAUUAUAUGGCUCCUCGAACUGUUGUUUUCGGGGAUUUACCAAAGACCUCAACUGGAAAGACACAGAAAUUUGUUCUUAGAGAGAAAGCCAAGGCAAUGGGGAGCCUUUCUCACAAAAACGCCAGCAAACUUUGAACAAAAGUCAUUUGUCUAUAGGUUUGCUUUCUAAGAUUGUGUUAAAUUAUUUUAAGCUUUUGUAAGCAAACUUUUUCACAUAUCCUAUAGUAAGUUUGGAGAAUAUUACUUACAACUUUUAAGGGUUGUUAAAAUAAGGAGCCACAAACUAAUAUAUGUUGUCAAGCAUUACAAAUACCGAUCAAUGUUUGAUUUAGU